UGUCAGUAGGAAAUGCAGGCGGCUGGUGUUGGAUGUACUCUGCCGCUUUGCAUGGAUAUAUUAAACAAAACAGUGUAAUUUCUUUCCGAAUGAAAACUAUUACUUAGAAAAUUGUUUUAUUCAGGAGUCAGUCGUCGUAGCCGCUCCGCAUGACUAACCGGGAUAACCUACACUUUAAUUUAGCCAGGCUAACAGCAGCAGAACACUAGCGGCGCUUUAUGCUAACAGAUACACUAGGCUAAAAUAAGCUAACGGAGCUAGCUGGUAACUUAGCUAGCUAACCGUCUAACGCACCGACUACAGGACGUUCGCUCUUCCAGGACUUGAGCCCGUUCAGCGGUUUUUACCACGUUCGUCGUGUUUUCAUUUCACGGAGGAGGUCGUGGAACCGGAGCUGUGGCGGGGGGACGUGUGGACAGGAACCCCCUGGCUAUCCAGGCGGACGGGUCACACUGACACGCCGGCUGUGGAAGGAGCUUUCAGACUGGAACCAUGGCUGAACUCUCCACUCUAUCCCCAUCACCUCCUGCACUGGGUGAUCCUCAUGCAGCUCCAUCCAUCUCUCCAUCCUCAUCAGCACUCCCUGCUCCAGACUCCACCAGGGAUGCGCCCAUACCGAAGUCUUCCCUCUACGGUGACAAAGCUUUGACUGGAAACCCCCCCACAGCACCGGUGGGAGACUCACAUUCAAGUCCUUCAAACCUCACUGCUGAGAACCCACCUCCUUCAGUGGUUCCUGACGCUGCUCCACAGGAAAAAGAAGCACCAGUUAAAGAUGCAGAGACUGGAAAUCAUCUCAGUGAACAGGAGACAAGGGCUACUGACCCGGCGUUUUCAGAAAAACCUACACUUUUAAGUGAGCCUUCAGCUCAGAGUGAAGUGCAGCCAUCCUCCCCUUCUCCUGAGCUCAAUCCUGGUCCUAAUCUUUACCCCAGUGUGCAUGUCACCCACAAUCCUAAUCCUGCCAUGGAUCCUGGUCCGUUUGCAUCAGACCAGCCACAAAUCGCUCCAGUGUCAGACCUAACACCUCCUCCCCAAGUCAUACCACCGUCUGAAGAGAACAAACCUCAGCCACUUCAACAAGCACAAGCCCCUCAGAAUCAGCCUCCCGCACAGAAUCAGCCUCCCGCACAGAAUCAGCCUCCCCCUCUGUCGCCAAAGCCCAACACUCCCAGCGAGUUUAGGAAACCAGAACUGCCCAGCACCCCGACCAGAGCCGAACACCCGAGCCCUGUCCCGCUGAUCCAUGAGCCGGUCACUGCUUUUCCGUUACCCAACCCCAGCCCUCGGCCAGCCCCUGACACCCUGAGCUACCUGGAGUCAGCCAGCCUGAUGUCUGGGACGCUGGAGUCUCUGUCAGGCCUGGGGGAGGAUGGGAGCUCCGUGGGCUCAGACUCAGAGAUCAAUGGAAUGGCUGUCAGACGCACUGAUAAAUAUGGCUUCCUGGGUGGGAGUCAGUACAGCGAAAGCGGGGAAAAGGAUGUUCGAGUAGAAGUGGCCAGACAGAGGGAGAUGAAAUGGCUCGAUAUGUUCAACCACUGGGAUAAGUGGAUCAAACAUCGCUUCCAGAAGGUGAAGAUCCGUUGUAGGAAGGGGAUUCCUUCGUCUCUCAGGGCCAAAGCGUGGCAGCUGCUCUCAAACAGUAAUGAACUCCUUGAAGCCAACCCUGGGAAGUUUGAGGAACUGGAAAGGGAGCAGGGGGAGGCUAAAUGGUUGGACAUCAUAGAGAAGGAUCUACACAGACAGUUCCCCUUUCAUGAGAUGUUUGCUGCUCGUGGUGGCCAUGGCCAACAGGACCUGUACCGUAUCCUGAAGGCCUACACCAUCUACCGGCCUGAUGAGGGUUACUGUCAGGCUCAGGCUCCAGUGGCUGCGGUGCUGCUCAUGCAUAUGCCUGCAGAGCAAGCGUUUUGGUGCCUGGUCCAGAUAUGUGAGAAGUAUCUCCCUGGUUACUACAGUGCUGGGCUGGAAGCGAUCCAGCUGGACGGUGAGAUCUUCUUUUCACUGUUACGACGCACGUGUCCGAUGGCGUAUCGUCACCUGAAGAAGUUCAAAAUCGACCCGAUUCUUUACAUGACGGAGUGGUUCAUGUGCAUCUUCUCACGUACCCUGCCGUGGGCCUGUGUCCUACGUGUGUGGGACAUGUUCUUCUGUGAAGGAGUGAAGAUCGUGUUUCGUGUGGGUCUGGUGUUACUCAAGCAGAUGCUGGGCUCAGUGGAUAAACUUCGGGAGCUCCAGGGCAUGUAUGAAACCAUGGAGCGUCUGAGGAACAUCUCCCCUGAAUCCAUCAGAGAGGACAUACUGGUACAGGAGAUCGUUACGCUCCCAGUGACGGAGGCGCUCAUCGAGAGGGAGUGCAACAUCCAGGUGAGGAAGUGGAGGGAGUCCAGAGGGGAUCUGACCCACCAGCCGGGCCGCCGCCUCCACGGCACCAGAGCCAUCUACGAGUACAAGCGCCGCGCCGCUUCCAUCAGCUCCGGUGGCAGCUUCUCUUUCCUGGGGAGCCCCGUCCCGCCUCCAGGACCCCUCAGAGCCUCCUCCAGCCUCCUGUCACUACCCGGGUUCCGCAAGUCUAAGGGUCCUUUCCACUCCCAGACCAAGAAGGGCUCCUUUUCCGGGCCGUCGGGGGUGGACUUCCUGCCGCCUCAGUCUCCGCCUGUGGUUACGUCGAGUCAGACCCGAGUCUCCGGCCACAAGCCCCCUAUUCCACCGGGAGCGGGUCAAAGGGCGCCGGCGCCACAGAGCCCGUUAGUCGCCGCCCAGUCACGUGGUCCUCCUCAGACCUCAGAGACCACCUCGGCACUGGGUCAAGCUGUUCCUACUGCACACGCUCAAAGCACACCAACGCCACCGCCCAGCACUCUGUCGCCCUCCCCUAAAAUCGUCUCUGAACAAAUCACCCCCACGAUCCCCUCCCCGACCGCCAACAACGCUCCUCUGCCGCCGUGUCCGGAUCCGAAAAAAGAAGCGGCGGCACAACAACCGCCGCCGCCACAGCCACCAGCAGCGACGGCCGAUGCACCAAGUACAGAAGAAGAUGGGAAGAAGAAGAAGAAAAGCAAAGACGACAAGAAGAAGGAAAAGGACGACGAGAAGAAGAAACUGAAGGAGAAGAAGGAGAAGGAGAAGAUGGAGAAAGAGCGGCUCAAAAAGGAGAAAGAAAAGAUGGAGAAAGAAAAGAAGAAAUCGGGGAAGAAAAAGGACAAAGGGGGCGGAGAGGCCGAGGACAAAAACGGAGCCGCCGCCAAAGACUCGGCCUAGUUUUCAACCCGGUCACUCUACAAUAAAGAAAAAGGGACAAAAAAAGAGGUCAGGGGAACAAAAGACCCCCACAAACACGGAGCGUGAUUAAAAACUGGGAUGGCUUCUUCUGUAACCCAUUAUCUGAAGACAUAAUGUAGGUGGAGGAAACUGGAUCAUGGUUUUAAUAGCACCUCGGGGGAGCCGUUACUGCUCCGAGCUCAAUGCUUUCGUUUUCCACCGGGUCGUAUCAAGGUGGGACUAAUUUCCAUUUUUUUUUCAACUGGAGCGCGGACUGCGAAUCAGAGUCUUCGCAGUCAGCAUCUUUUAGGUUUUUUUUUUUUUUUAAUUUAGUUUUUAUUAUUUUAAUCAGGUCGACGGCAGCAGUUCGAACUGACAACAGACAUGGUUAUGGUGCCACAGAGUAUGUAAAUAACAAAAAUCUACAUCACAUAGGAUCCUCCUGGCGCUCCAUAUACCCCCAACAGUAAAAAAAAAAAAAAGAAGAAGAAGAAGAAAUGUCAAACGCAGGCACUGAAGACAGAACUGCUUGUAACGUUAUGGAGGAUGUAUUUAUUGUCAUGUUCAAUGUCGUGAGUGAGUGUGUGCCUUAGUAGUCUAGUGAAAUGUGUUACUGUUCUAUGUGCCGCCUCCCUGUUUUCAGCCUCCAUCCGAUCCAUUCUGUGCUUCAACAUUAACAUUUUACUUUGUCCGACCAUUAGAGGAAAUCUGAUGGCGACGAGGAGAAACGAACACAGACAAGGGAGAGAGAGAAAACCCCAAGAGCGUCCACCCUCCUCGGAGUAGUGGCUGUUGAAGGGUCGGUUUGGGUUCGUUUAGUUGGAUCUGGGGUUGUAUGAAGUUCAGAGUCCACUGUAUUUACCUGCAGGAAAACUGGAACUGCUGCAGCAAAAUGAAGUGUACACCGAUCGGACCAGGGUCUGACAGGUGUGUUUUUACCAUUAUUAGCAGCCAACGAGUUCAUUACAGAUGUUUGGAACCAGAGCUGCAACAAUUAGUCAAUUUACUCGUCAACUAUUAAAUGAAUUAACACAAAUUUUGUGAUUUUUGAGGAUAGAAGAAGUCUUAAUUCUCUGAUUUAAGCAUCUUCAGUGGGAAUAUUUUCAUUUUUUUCAUCCUCUGUGACAGUAAUCUGACUCGAGGACAACAUGAAACAGUUUUUCACUAUUUUCUGACACAUUUUAGACCAAAAUUAAAUAACUGUCAGAUUAAAAAUUAAACAAAUCAUAAGAAGUCGGAGCCUUCCAAAAAAAAAAAAAGGAAAAAAAAAAAGAAAUUGUUUAUGGUAGAUUUCAGUGCAGUUUAACCCA